GCUAUCCAUGUCUUUAUCAGAAUUUCUCAUAUUUUUCAUCCAUCUCUCUAUGAUUGAUCUAUUUACAGGUAUGCUGUCCCAUCAGCUCAAACAGCACGUCAUUGAUGGAGAGAAGACCAUCAUCCAAAACCCAACGGACCAGCAGAAAAAGGACCAUGAGAAGGCUGAGUUUGAGGUGCAUGAGGUCUACGCAGUGGAUGUGCUCAUUAGCUCUGGAGAAGGAAAGGCCAGAGACGGAGGUCAAAGAACAACCGUUUACAAACGAGACCCCAACAAGGUGUACGGUCUGAAGAUGAAGACAUCUCGAACGUUCCUCAGUGAGGUGGAUAGACGCUUCAAUACGAUGCCUUUCACUUUGAGGUAAUGCAUAUUAAUUAUGC